UGAUGCACCUGGCUGGCUCUGUACCACCCGUGGAGAUGGAAUUGAGGUUGAGGUUUGAUCGUACGGUGGAAGACUAGCUGAUUCGCUAACCUUCCCUUCUCCUCACGCAUUUCACCUACUAUCCCCAACAAGGCUGUUAAGUAGGGGCGCCGCACCUCCAUCUGCCCCCCUCACCCCCAGUAUACAUACACACGCACACCGUCGAUUCAACCGCUCCCGUGUUCUCUCCUUCUCUCUUCCUUUUCUUUUUUACCUGCACGCUACAGUGCUACUGCUAGUAAUCAAUUAUUAACACGCGCACUAGCUACCUUCAUUUGCCACAGUUGGAAAGUAAUUUGCUGCUGAACGCGAUGAUUCCUCUUUCUUUCUUCGUCUACACCUCACUCCUCGCCGCACUCCUCCACUUCCUCCUCCGCUUAGGGCGGCGCACCCCCCGGCCGCUUCCGCCGGGGCCGAGGCCGUGGCCUCUGGUGGGCAACCUGCCCCACCUGGGUCCGGUGCCCCACCACACGCUGGCGGCGCUGGCCCGCACCUAUGGGCCCCUCAUGCACCUGCGGCUGGGGUACGUGAACGUGGUGGUGGCAGCGUCGGCGGCGACGGCGGCCCAGUUCUUGAAGACCCACGACGCCAACUUCUCUAGCCGACCGACUAACUCCGGCGCCAAGCACAUAGCGUACAACCACCAGGACCUGGUUUUCGCGCCCUACGGCCCCCGCUGGCGCAUGCUCCGCAAGAUCUGCUCCAUCCACCUCUUCUCCGCCAAGGCCCUGGACGAUUACCGUAACGUCCGCGAGGAGGAGAUAGGAGUGUUGACGCGGGCAUUGGCGAGUGCGGGAGAGUCGCCCGUGAACUUGGGUCAGCUGCUGACCAUAUGCACAACAAACGCGCUGGGGCGGGUGAUGAUUGGAAGAAGAGUGUUCGUGGACGCCGGCGCCGAUGCAAAGGCAGACGAGUUCAAGCAGAUGGUGCUGGAGGUGAUGGUGCUGGCCGGCGUCUUUAACAUUGGAGACUUCGUGCCCGCCCUCGAGUGGCUCGACUUACAGGGCGUCGCCGCCAAAAUGAAGAAGCUCCAUAAGAGGUUCGACUCCUUCCUCGACACUAUUCUCCAGGAGCACCGCCGCGUGCUGCUCCACGCCGGUGGUGGUCACCACCCGGACUUGUUGACCAAGUUGAUCUCCUUGAAAGACGAUGCUGAUGGUGAGGGAGGCAAGCUCACUGACACAGAAAUCAAAGCCUUGCUCUUGAACAUGUUCACCGCAGGAACAGACACGUCAUCAAGCACCGUAGAAUGGGCCAUAGCAGAACUGAUCCGGCAUCCCAACAUCAUGGCCCAGGCCCAGCAAGAGCUAGACUCCGUGGUGGGGCGAGGCCGGCUGGUGUCCGACUCCGACCUCCCCAACCUUCCCUUCCUUCAGGCCGUCGUCAAGGAAACAUUCCGCCUCCACCCCUCCACGCCCCUCUCUCUUCCCCGCAUUGCAUCCAACGCCUGCGAAGUCGACGGCUACUACAUCCCCAAAGGCUCCACUCUUCUGGUGAACGUGUGGGCCAUAGCGCGGGACCCUGCAGUCUGGAACGACCCGCUCGAGUUCCGCCCUGCUCGCUUCCUGCCGGGUGGGGAGAGGCCCAACGCGGACGUCAAGGGAAAUGAUUUCGAGGUGAUACCGUUCGGGGCGGGGCGGAGAAUAUGCGCGGGCAUGAGCCUGGGCCUCCGCACCGUGCAGCUGCUGACCGCCGCCCUAGUUCAAGCCUUUCGGUGGGAGCUGCCGGAGGGGGAAGUGGCGGAGAAGCUGAACAUGGAGGAGGCGUACGGGCUCACGCUGCAGCGUGCCGCUCCCCUGACAGUGCUCCCCCGCCCUAGGCUCCCUCCCCACGUCCUUCUUCGCUCCUCCUCCUGAGAUAAUCCAUUAGCUAGGGAAGCUAGCUGGGGCACAGGGUACUGCCAGCUUAACCCCGGCCACUCGGCCUUGCUCUUGUGUUUAUUUACUUAUAUAUAUGGACUCAAACGUAUACAUUUUAUAAUUGAUGCUAUGCAUGCAGUGUUAUAUAUA